GGACAUAAUAUAUUUAUCGGAUUCAAUCACUUGUUUGAACCCUAAAUUAUUCAACAUACAUCCCAAAACAAGAUUCUUUGGAACCUUCGGUACAUACAAAAUAUCAAACAACGUAAUUGUUUUUCCAGAAGUAAAUUUUAAAACAACUACACUCUUUCCCAAGAUAGGCACCAUUGACUCAUCUCCCACACGUAAGAAGGAACUGACCUCCACUGGUUCUAGGUCUUCAAAGAAUCCUUUAUCCUUACACACAUGGCUCGUAGCCCCCGAGUCAAUCCACCAUGCACAGUCAUCAUCCUGUACAUAAAAACAUUCUGGAAUGAGUGAUACAUAAUUCUGGACAGAAUUAUCAAAUUUAGUCAGGAACUGACCUCCUUUCCGUGGAACCAGGUCCUUAGACCGUUCCUGUCCACUGUCACUCGUUCCAUCGCCAUUCUUGUUCAGUUUCACACAGCAAUCACGCUUGACAUGUCCAACCUUUUGACAUCUCCAACAAACCAAACCUUUCAGUUUCUUGUUGGGUUUGUCAUGGUCUCCAUACUUGCGCUUUUUGCCUCUCCCCUUCUCUUUCGGGUUAGAUUUAUUAUCCUCAACCAAGUGAACAUGAGCCAGUCUAGAUUCAACUUCACUCAUAAUUUGAUCAUUCUCUUGCACACGAAGAUUCUCCUCAAUGCGCAAGUGACUCCCAAGUUGAACCAAUGACAGUUCCUCAUCUUGAUGUUUUAAAGAACGUUUAAAAUUCUUCCAAGAGGGUGGAAGUUUGUCAAUUAUACUCGACAUGACAUAGGACUCAUCAACACCUAUCUUGUGGAGUUUAAAUUGACCAAGAACGUAACACGAAGGAGUUCAUUGUAUUGUUCCAUAACCGGCCUUGAGUCAACCAUUUUAUAAUUAUUAAAAUCACUCACCAAUUAAGAACUUCUUACUAGAAGCAUCCUCAGCGAUGUAUUUUGACUCAAGAGAAUUCCACAACUCCUUCGCACUCUCAACGUUUUGGUAAAUAUCAAAUAACGCAUGGGACAUACCGUUAAGAAUGUGGCCUCUACAUAUGUAGUCAUCGUUCUCUCACUUGUUACGCCUCCUAAUUUGUUCCAAGGUUUCGUUCUCCAUCACUUUCGGCAUCAGAGUGCUCAACACGUACACAACCUUCAAAGUGGUGAGCAGGAAGUGCAUCAUCUUUUGCCAUCUACGGAAAUCGUUCCCUUGAAAUUUGUCCAAUUUGUUGAACUUGGAUGUCAUCUCUUCCACGGUACUCAUAAUUAUCACAAAGAAAAUAUCAAUUCGAUUGUUGGGGUAUAUCACAUAGGGGGUGAUAAUUGAGUACUUGGAUUGCUUAAGGAUCGUGUAAGUUCACUUUCUGAAUUGAUAUUUCUCCCCUAUGCCUGGGUUACAAGAAAUUUAAUCUAGGAUAAUCCUUAAAGACACUCUAGAACUUAGACACAAGAACUAGAGCCAAACUAGUCUAGUAUAUGGAUUGUUAUCUUUAAUUUGAGUGCCAAAGUGAUGAUGAUAUGUUGGAUAUGUUUCCUCAUACUCCUCUGUACGAAAUAUGGUGAUAUAUAUAUCCAUAUUCACCGUCCUAGACAGUUGCAAUACGUUUAAGAAUAACCACAGCAGUUUUUGGGAAACUACUGGAAACUGCCUAACCGUUCUAGAACUCGGUCUAGAACCACAGAGCUGGUCUACUGAAACUUAUACCUCAAGUGCUACCUCGAGUUCCACUAACGUGGACACUUUGGAAUUAAACUAGUUCUUAUAUACAAGUGUGCACUCCACAUCUACUAACUUGUAUUAGAUCAUAAUUCUAAUUCCCAUUGGCACUCGUGUCAUUUCAAAUUACACAAAACGGCCGGUGACACUAAAAUCACCAACAACUAUGGACACUGGUCGCAAAAAAGCUCCAAGCCAUGGUGGAAUCCCUGGAAGCAAAGCUUCGGUUCUGUACUGUUAGGUAUGGGUCUACCAGUCCCUUGAGCCGGGGAAACUCGCGCAUCUUAAACCCGCCUUUUCGGUAGGAAUGUCAAAGAAUCCCACAUCGGUGUGGGCUAGGAGAGUCCUUGGUACCUUAUAAGGCCUAGGUUCUUCACCACUAUCUACGCAUUUUAAAUCCGUGAAGGACAACCCAAAGCGGACAAUAUUGGUAGGCUGCCUCCCGGUUGUGGAUCCAUUCUUCAUGUACACCAGGCAAGAAACGCUCGCACAAGGUACUGAUUAUUCCUACUACCUCAAGCAAAUUUAGGACGAUGGCAUCACGCUGGUGCAUCUUUAUCCAGGAACCAAGCAAACAGAUCGAGCCGGAAAUGACUUCAGGAUCUUAGACAACCGGACUCUGACUCAUCACAGUCAGGGCGCCUACUACGAACACCAUAUCCCUGAACGACGUCAUCCAUCGGAUCCCAGGUCAUCCCAAUCGUUUCAGCUCGUUAGUUUCGGAAGAUGACACGAUCUGCUCACUUAAUUCUAAACCUUUUGAACAACAUCACCGCGGCGAUACUUAAAAAACAACCGGAUGUAAACAGUCUCAACAAGAGGAAAUGGAAAAGUCAAACCCGUUCAAUAGAUGACCCAAUCGCUCUUGAAGAGGGUGAAAUUCAGAGAUUUGUACUGGCCAGCCACAUCACCGGCAGACCCACCUUCACCUGUAAAGUGUGCUGGUAUGUCAAAGGACGGUCGUACGCGACCAAUCCGUAUCGACGGAUUUAUUUGCCAAGUCCAACUCACCCGCGAAAACAUCAACUUCAGCAACGCACCGGCGACAGACCUACACGCUGGAGGAACCAUCAACGUCAGCACAAGGUACGUUGGUUGACAGACCUGAGGCAUUCAAUCAAGCUGUCGAGGAGACCACUUAGCUUGGCACCUUCUGUCCCUUCACAUGGGCAGAUCUGGUGAGGUGUGAUGCGAACAAAAUUUGUCACCAGGCUGCUCAAUUGAGCAUUUUACAAAAUUCUGGUUUGGUCGAACACUUAAGUGAAGUUAUCCCAAAUUCUGAAAAAUUAUGGUUUUGAUUCAAUUCAAAUUGAACAAAAAAAUUUCAAAUUUGCAAAAAAUAAAAAUGAAAUUUUCAAUUUUCAAAUAAAAAAUAAUUUUCUUCAUAAGAUUAAUAUCAAAUUGGAUUUAGUCACUCAAAUGCUCCAUUUUAUCACUAAACUCACUAAGGAGGUUUCUAAUGUGUUCCAACUAUGCAAAUUUGGAAACAUCACAGUUUCUUCUGAAUCUUUUAAGUCAUGCAAUUUUUUACAAAUUGUGAAAGAAGAUGGAGCUAUGUCCUUAUUCCAAUGGGACAGAGAAAAUCAAGUCUCAUUGAUUUUCUAAAUAUGUUCUUGAACUUUGUGGGACUUCACAAUUAGACACAGCUGGAUUCGAUACUCUUUUGUCACAGAAACAGUGAAGACACACAGAACUAUACAUCCCCCUCCAAAGCAAUUUUUGAGUUGGAUAUUUUGACAACAUGUGCCAUCAAACCGCACAUCACAUUUGAAGACGAGGACCUUGAGGCGCUCCCAGCACAGAUUAACUCUCCCGAAAUGAACAAGGACAACCGUAAGGAAAACUCUUCUCACCCUAUGGUUACCAGAAGUCAAUCACGAAGCCAUAAAAUAGAUGACUUCACAGAAGGAUUGAUAACUAGAAGUCAAUCAAAACCGCUCCAAGAUGAUGAAGACUAUUACAUCUACCCGGUUUGCUCAACUAUGAUUCACCUCAAAAUCUAGUAACCGAACUCGAAUGCUAUAAGUCAGCACACCCAGAUGCAAAGUCGUACCCUCCUUAUCUCCGACAAGCUAUCCAUUUUCACCAUAAAUAAAACUGUAUGCUCUCAACCAAUGUAGGUGUGCCUACAACGAAUGUUAUUUGUUAACUCUUUCUCUUGUGACUUUAUCUUGUACUUUCCUUUAUCGAACUUUGUACUUGUAAUCCUUUUCUUAAUAAAUUGGAAAGUGUUCCCCGGCGCUUUCCCCACUUUCAGUGGCAUGUCCGGGAUUUAGAAAAAAAGGUUCAUUGCA